UCUACAUCUAACAUCCAACAACCAUGUCGGUCAUGCUGGAAACCUCCCUAGGGGAGCUGGUGAUCGACUUGGAGGUGGAAAAGAGUCCUAGGACAUGUGAGAACUUUCUUAAACUUUGUAAAGUCAAAUACUACACUUUGAAUGCCUUUUUCAAUGUAUCCAAAGACUUUAUCGCACAGACGGGAGAUCCUACCGCCACAGGGACAGGUGGUGAAUCGUUUGCCUCCUAUCUUCAUUCCAUCACUCAAUCGACCUCUGCCAAACCACCUCGAUAUUUCCCAGCGGAGAUUUCGACAAAACUCAAACACAAGUCCAAAGGCACAGUCUCCAUGGCUGCUUCUCCGACUGAUCCUCCGGGUUGUGCCAGUCAAUUCUUCAUCACGCUGGCGGAUAAUAUAGAGUAUCUGGAUGGAAAGCACGGUGUUUUUGGACAUGUCAUUGAAGGGUUCGAAACGUUAGAUAAAAUCAACGAUGCUUUUCUGGACAAGGAUGGUAGACCUUUACAGGAUAUAAGGAUACGGCAUGUGGAGAUCUUAGAGGACCCUUUCCCGGAUCCGGUGGACAUGAUACCUGAACCUCCAUCACCUCUCCGACCUCCAGAUGCCCAAUCACGUUCAGUCGUCCGUAUAGCCGAUGACGAGAACCCACUCGAGCAGGUCUCAGAGGAGAAAUCAGAAGCUCUACGACGUCAAACGGCAGCUGCAUCCUCAGCUCUGACAUUGGAAAUGAUCGGUGACAUCCCCUUUGCGGCUGUCAGACCGCCCGAGAACAUCCUGUUCGUGUGCAAGCUGAACCCUGUAACGAUGGAUGAGGAUCUCGAAUUGAUCUUUUCGCGAUUCGGCAAGAUCCUCAGUUGUGAAAUCGUUCGGGAUAAACGAUCAGGGGAUAGUCUCCAAUACGCCUUUAUCGAAUUUGAUGAGAGAUCCGCGGCGGAACAGGCAUACUUUAAAAUGCAGAACGUCCUGGUGGAUGAUCGCCGCAUAUGGGUCGACUUCUCUCAGUCCGUAGCGAAAAUGAAUAUUGCUCAAGUCACUUCGAAUCCGAGAGGUAGAGGAAGAGGUCGAGGUGGUGGUGGUGGAAGAGGAAGCUACCCUGGACGUGGGGGCGGAGCAGGAGGCCACAACCAUGCAAAUGCUGCAUCCUACGGAAGUUCUCGACACGGAAAUGGAAACGGAGGCACAGACGGUUACGGGAUGGUCUUUGGUGACACUAAUGAUGGCGGUCGUUCGGGUAAACGAGAAAGGAGCUACAGUCCAAAGAGGAGGCGGGACACCAGUCGUGAGAGGGAGCGAGAGAGGAGGUACAAGGACGAGGAUAGGACUCGGGACAGAGACAGAGAUCGUGAUAGAGACCGGUACAGAGACUACAGGGACGGACGAAAUGGGCACACGUCUCGUCGGGAAGAUAAGCACAGGGACGACAGGGAUAGGGAGAGAUCACGCAGAGAUGACCGAUAUCGAGAUAGGUAGGCGUCAAGUGCUGCUGUUUCGAUCAUGCAUGUGGCGUGAUAAGGCAGCCAAGUCAAAGCUGUAACGCUGUCUAACCAAUUCGGACAGAUGUAGGCUCACUCCUUGUCCUGUGGCCGCAUGCCCUGGUGUAUGAACAUGGAU